AGCCGAGCCCCGCGGAGCCGCACCCUCCCGCCUGCAGACCCGGUCGCUGCCGGCCUUACUGCUCCAGGCGCGGGGUUACAAAGGCGACAGCAAGAACCUCGUUACUUAGGGGCUGUUGCCACUUUGCCCGCCUCCAAACAGACUUCCGCAGAAGGGACCCUGGGCUGGCCCGCAAGGAAGGCUCCCUAGCGACGGGGGCUGAAUUGUGGGGGGACGUGGGGCAGGGUGAGGACUUGGGGAGCGUAGGAAAGCUUCUCACCCGUGUGAUCCGAGGCAGGUGGCAAGAAAGACCUCCGUGGGGGGGGGGGGGGCUUUUCCCUUCCUGACUUCUCUCAUCUGCGCCCUAGGCCUUCUUGAGAGCCUCAGAGCUGGGGAGGAGAAGAGGAAAGUUAGCUUGCUGAAGUUCCAUCUUUAGCAACUUGGGAGAGGCUGGGGAUGCAGCUCUGCAGGAGAGAAGGAGAGGAAAUGGAAGAGGAGUUUUUGUUUUGUUUCUGGGCUGCUGGCGGAGUGGGGGUGAGGGGGGCCGGUCACCUUUGUCAUCAUAACCCUUUCCUUUCUACUCUCCCCGCUCCCCCCAGUCCUAGUCAGCUGAGUGUGGCAAUAGAGGGAUUUCUACUGCUCCCGUCCAUGGGCUUUCCAGGUCCCACAGCUGACAAGUAGGAAGCAGGGACAGUGGAGCGAGCCUGCAUGCCAAUUCUAAGCUGUUCAGGAUCAAAUGUCGUUCGUCCUGUCCAGAAUGGCAGCCUGUGGAGGCACCUGCAAGAAUAAAGUGACUGUCUCCAAGCCUGUGUGGGACUUCCUGAGCAAGGAGACCCCAGCCCGGCUGGCCCGGCUUCGGGAGGAGCACCGCGUGUCCAUCCUCAUCGAUGGCGAAACUUCUGACAUCUACGUCCUGCAGCUAUCCCCGCAGGGUCCUCCCCCGGCACCCCCCAACGGGCUCUACCUGGCCCGGAAGGCGCUCAAGGGGCUGCUAAAAGAGGCCGAGAAAGAGCUGAAAAAAGCUCAGAGGCAGGGCGAGCUUAUGGGCUGCCUGGCUUUGGGGGGUGGCGGGGAGCACCCUGAGCUGCACCGCCCAGGGCCACCCCCUCCCCCUCUGCGAGCAGCCCCGCUCCUGCCCCCAGGGGCUCGGGGGCUUCCCCCUCCUCCUCCUCCCCUCCCCCCUCCACUUCCUCCCCGCCUUCGGGAGGAGGCUGAGGAGCAGGAGAGCACCUGCCCCAUCUGUCUGGGGGAGAUCCAGAACGCCAAGACCUUGGAGAAGUGCCGGCACUCGUUCUGUGAGGGCUGCAUCACCCGGGCCCUGCAGGUGAAAAAGGCUUGUCCCAUGUGUGGCCGCUUCUAUGGGCAGCUGGUGGGCAACCAGCCCCAGAAUGGGCGCAUGCUGGUCUCUAAGGACGCCACGCUCCUACUGCCCAGCUAUGAGAAGUAUGGCACCAUUGUCAUCCAGUACGUCUUCCCGCCCGGUGUCCAGGGGGCUGAACACCCAAACCCAGGAGUUCGGUACCCUGGCACCACACGGGUGGCCUACCUCCCGGACUGCCCCGAGGGCAACAAGGUGCUGACCCUGUUCCGCAAGGCAUUUGACCAGCGUCUCACCUUCACUAUCGGCACGUCCAUGACCACAGGGAGACCGAAUGUCAUCACCUGGAACGACAUUCACCACAAGACCAGCUGCACAGGAGGACCCCAGCUGUUUGGGUACCCGGACCCCACCUACCUGACCCGGGUGCAAGAGGAGCUGAGAGCCAAGGGUAUCACAGACGACUGAAGGACUUCCCCUCUGCCAAGCCCUUGCCUUUCUCCAUAGGACCCAGCGGAAGCCUCUGUUCUCUCUCCCUCUGCCCCCCCCACACCACACAAACAGGGGACCAGUCUGACUGGGGAAGGAGUUCAGAGAGGGAGGGGGCAAUCCCUUCCCCUGUCCCCUCCCCCAGGCCAAGUGCUUCUGUGCAGUGAGAGCCGCUCCCUUCUGGGAGGGGGAUCUCCCAGGCUCUGCUCCCCACCUCCCCAUGUACAUACUCCCAGUCUCCCUACCCCCUCCUUUGCCCUUGGCUUUUUCUGGUAUGUGCUGUGCUCCAGUGACUAAGCUGAGAAAGGACCUGGGUGGGGAGGGAAGGUCUCUCGAGCCCCCUGCUCUACUGCUGAGCUUCGGCAUGGGGGAGGGGCAGUGGGGCUGAGGUGAGCCCCCCCAUCCCCCGGAGCCGGCCCUGUGUGUUUCUCAGAACCAGUCCCCCUUCCACCUUAACGGGUCCUUUCUCUCCUGUGUCUCUGUCUCCGUCAGUCCGUCAGUCCGUCUCCUGCUCUUCUCUGCCCCCUAUAAGGAGCCUCCUUACCCUGUUCUGGAAUCGCCGCCAGACUGUAGCUUUUAAUUUAAUAAAAAUAAAGUAAAAUAUGCAACUCUC